AUGACAUCAACCACAACAACACCGUCUACGGGAUCAACUUCAGCUCAAGAGAAUCUUAAACGCAAAUCAAAUGAUCAUGGAUGGGAAUAUGCAGUGUGUGUGAAUCCUAAGAAAAUGGAGCGAGUGAAAUGCAUUUUAUGUAAUAAAGAGAUGGGCGGGGGAAUCAAUAGACUAAAACAACAUAUUACACAAAUUAAGGGAAAUGUUUCUUCAUGCCCAAAGGCCACAAAACAUGACCAAAUAAAAUGUAGAGAUGCUCUUCUUGAUAACCAAAAUAAAAAGAAGGGGAAGGUAGAUGAAAAUGAGUCUUUAAGAGCACAAGUGAAUAUUAGAAGUAGUGAUAAUGAAACCAUUACCAUCGAUGAUGAUUUGAUGGAAGAUUCAUUUGGCUCUAAGAAGGAUAAACGUUCUUUUGGGCCUAUGGAUCGGUUUCCAAACACUAUCAACCCCCAAGAUGUUUCAAACAUGGGAAAGAGCAAACAAGAAAAUAUGUCAAAUAAGUCAAUAAUCUUUAUUUAA